UAGGGAAUUGCUGGUUCUCUGGGUUGUUGAGCUUUGUCGUUCAAACUCUGUUCAUCCCUCCCAAUUAAUGCCAAUUCCAUCAUCUUCUCCAAACAACCAAGGGUCACCCUUCAUAUAAAACGUAGUAUGAAAACAGAGUAUGAAAGAUAAAAAAUGGCUGGAACAUCAAGAGACAAUAAUAAUCAUCUGUUUGUGGAUGAUUUUUAUUUCUCGGCACUCUUCGAUGAUGAUGAAAUAUUCCCCAUUUCAGAUGAAAAGUACGCUGAAGAGUUACAGUUGCAAGAAGCUCUCGUGCCAUCCUCUUCAAGAAAGAGAAUCCAAACUCUAGAAACAGAACAUCAAGACACAGUCAAACCAAGAAAAUCCAAUGAAUCAUCGCUAGUUUUCUGCAAGAUUUGCAUGGACGCAAAACCCAAAUCAGCAAUGUUUGAAAACAACACUUGUACUCAUUUGUUUUGCUCAGACUGCAUUGCCAAACAUGUCGCAGUGAAAAUUCAAGAAAAUAUAUGGAUGGUGAAGUGUCCAGAACUGAAUUGUGAAGGGGUUUUCCAGCCCGAGGCUUGUCGUUCCAUUAUACCCAAAUUAGUGUUUGAUCGGUGGGAAAAUGCGCUCUGUGAUUCUGUCAUUCUUGCUUCUCAGAAAUUUUACUGUCCUUUUAAGGACUGUUCUGCAGUGUUGGUUGAUGAUGGUGGUGAAGUUGUGACUGUGUCUGAGUGCCCUAAUUGUAGAAGAUUGUUUUGUGCUCAAUGCAAUGUUUCAUGGCAUGAUGGGAUGGAGUGUGUUGAGUUUCAGGGGUUGAGCAAGGGGGAGAGAGAGAGUGAAGAUUUGAUGGCAAUGGAGCUUGCUAAGAAGAAGAAAUGGAGGAGGUGUCCCAAUUGCAAGUUCUAUGUUGAAAAAGAUGAAGGAUGUUUGCACAUUACUUGCAGGUGUGGAUUUCAUUUCUGCUAUCGAUGUGGAUCAAAAUGGACAGAGUCACAUUAUGGAUGCAAUUGA